AUGCACGACUCCAAUGCAUUACGGAAGAUCCGAAUGCGGAAAACCCUUAUAGGCGAUGUGGGAGGCCCUACGACCCUACUGUCGAAACGGAAAUUAUGCUCCAAUGCUUCAUAUGUGACGUUCGGACCGAGCUUCAUUGGUGAUUGGUAUCAUGAACCUUGCCUAAAUCUGAAGCCCUCACCAACUGAGUCAAAGCAGGAUGCAAAUCUUUCUAUAGCGCUUUUCUGGGGACUCCGAUUUAGAUGGGGAAGAGGAGAACAACCCCAACUUAGCCCGCUGCUCAGCCUUCUAUGGUGCAGUGCUUGCAUUCUUGACAGUCCGUUCCGUUCAUUGACAACACUUGGAUUGGCAUUGGGGGUGCCAACAUCGUCAGUUAAUCAGAGGACUGAGCAGGGCCGGACAUUGGUGACUGCACAGAUCCUCGAAUGGGAUCAUCUCCGGGUUCUCAGGUACAGCACCCUGCUAAGCGCCCACUCUCUUGAUGUCGAAAGGAAUGGGGGUGGCACUUCCUUCAGAAUCCGAAAACCAACUGGAUGGUUUGAAAUCAGCGGGUUCUGCGUCUUGCUCACGUUUAGCAGUAAAUCCACCUGCGGGAACCCGACUUUUAUGAGCCGGUUCUGGCAAGGUGGAGGCUACCUCUUCAGCCAGACAACCGUUAAACAAUAG